GAUGCAGCAGCAGCAGCAGCAGCAGCAGCAGCAGCAGCAGCGUGGCAGCAGCAGUGACUCGUCUCAGGCAGCCUCGCUGUGACAUUCUGCUUCAACUUGACUCAGAGCAGCUCAUUCAGCUCAGCCCAGGAAAAGUUCCUUCCUUUGCUGUUUCUUUGGCUCCUGAAUCAGAUUCCUACAAAGUCAUUUAUGACAGAGGAAGGAUGCUCUGCAGUUUGAGGAUACCCCUCUCAUGUGGACUCACAGGGGCUGUUUUCGGACGGAUGAUGGGAACAUGAUGCUGUGCUCUGCGCCUCUUGAGCAGGGAUGGCCGAAGCCUUCUGGUGUCCACCCCCCUCCUCCUCCUUCUCAUCUGUCUCUGAGCUCACACUUUUUCCCCGAAUCCCCCUGGCAUGCGAGGUCAAGUCAGCAGGCUCCCUGAACCACCUCAAUCCUGCCUCCGACUGUGCUGUGAUCCUGCUCCUCUGUGCCACACUUGACCCGAAGGCUUCCCAGGCAAAACAAAGGGAUUAACCAUGAACUUCGCUCCGACCAGGGGACACAGCUCUGAUGAAAAGUCAACUAAGAUCUUCAUGACGAUGAGAAAUCAAGAAAAAAUUGUCAGGGUCGGACGCCAAUAAAACUCAAGACCAUGGAAGGAGAAAAUUUACUGAAUUCCACUGCGAACAGCAGUACGACUGAUAUCCACCUGGUGUCACACAGUCUGUGGGAGGUGAUCACCAUUGCAACUGUAUCAGCCAUAGUCAGCCUCAUUACCAUUGUGGGGAAUGUUCUGGUCAUGAUCUCCUUUAAAGUCAACAGCCAGCUAAAGACUGUGAACAAUUACUACCUGCUGAGUCUGGCAGCUGCAGACCUCAUCAUAGGUGUUUUCUCCAUGAACCUGUAUACCUCUUAUAUACUGAUGGGCUACUGGGCCUUAGGAAACCUCGCCUGUGAUCUGUGGUUGGCUUUGGACUAUGUAGCCAGCAAUGCAUCGGUCAUGAACUUGUUGGUGAUCAGUUUUGACAGAUAUUUCUCCAUCACCAGGCCUCUGACCUACAGGGCCAAACGGACGCCCAGGCGAGCUGGGAUUAUGAUCGGUUUAGCCUGGCUGGUGUCACUCAUUCUGUGGGCUCCACCGAUACUAUGCUGGCAGUACUUUAUAGGGAAAAGGACCGUCCCUGAGAGGCAAUGCCAGAUCCAGUUUUUCUCUGAGCCUGUGAUAACCUUCGGGACGGCGAUUGCAGCCUUUUAUAUCCCCGUGUCAGUCAUGACAAUCCUCUACUGUCGAAUCUACAAGGAGACAGAAAAGAGGACCAAAGAUCUGGCUGAGCUUCAGGGGAUUAACUAUGCCACAGACUCUGGGGUCGCUCAGCCUCCAAAGACCAUUAUCAAAUCCUGCUUCAGUUAUAAACUAAGAUCGGCUUCGCAAGACAGGAACCAAGCAUCCUGGUCGUCUUCCAGCAGGAGCAACGCUGCCAAAUCUGCAGCCACCACCAAUGACGAGUGGUCCAAAGCAGGUCAACUAACCACCUUUAACAGCUACGCGUCCUCAGAGGACGAGGACAGGCCUGUGUCUCCGGGAGGCUUCCAGGCCUCGUUCAGGAACCAGGCUUGUGAGACCAGCAAGAGUGUGGUGGGCAGCGAGAGUGAGCAGCUCAGCAGCUACGACGAGGACAGCUACUUCCAGACACCACCGAAAAGCAACUCUCAGAAGAGCGGCAAGUGCGUGUCAUACAAGUUCAAACCUAUGGCCAAAGAAGCUCAAGCGGAGCACCAGGUCAAGAACGGAGACACCAAGAUGGCAUCGUCAACGUUUUCCUCAGCCGAGUCCAUGAGCAUCCCAUCGACGUCCUCGACGACCAAGCCCAUCGACGCCACUCUGAAGAACCAGAUCACCAAGAGGAAGAGGAUGGUGUUGAUCAAGGAGAGGAAGGCAGCGCAGACUCUCAGCGCCAUCUUGCUGGCAUUCAUUCUGACAUGGACGCCGUAUAACAUCAUGGUGCUGAUUUCCACCUUCUGCUCAGACUGUAUCCCCCUCUCCCUCUGGCAUCUUGGCUACUGGCUGUGUUACGUUAACAGCACCGUCAACCCCAUGUGCUAUGCCCUGUGUAACAAGAAUUUUCAGAAGACCUUUCGCAUGCUCUUACUCUGCCAGUGGAAGAAGAAAAGGAUCGAGGAGAAACUUUACUGGUACGGACAGAACCCCGUGGUCAACUCCAAACUGACAUGAACUAUUGUUUGUUUGUAUUUUUAAAUGGCAUGUGACGAAGGCUGUAGAUCUAGUGUUUCUACUGAUAAUCUUGGCUAUAUGAACUUGAAUUCUACAUAGAAAAAUAUAAAUAUUAAACUAAGACGCUGGUCAAAUUUGUAGAGUUGCCCUAAACUCAAUAGUGCAAGUUAAUUACUGCUCAAACUAUGAAAAUGAAAGACCCCAAAAUUGUCCGAAUACACUAUAACUAUUAAUAAUAAUUUAAUCAGAUUCAAAUAUAUUGAAAACAUCAGUAUUCCCCCCUUAAAUUGGCGCAUAUACACAAAAUGCCAACGAUUUACACACAGAUUAUUUCAUAUUAUACUGUAUUUGUAUUCCAGAUGCACUGUUUGGAUACAUGAGACCCUAAUAAAAUUGGUCUAACCUAAUAACUGAUGCUUUACAAUGGUUUAAAACUGUUAAAAUUACCAAUUUCCCCUCCGAGAUGAACGUAACACGAAAAAAAAACCGCAGAUCUGUUUUAAUAUUGUAGCUAAUGUGCUUGUAUUGAGGAUGAACAUUUCAGAGUUGCUAUUUUAUUUUAAAGGGCUAACAUGUGUCGUCUUGAUGUCGGAAUCCGCUUGCAAAGUUAAGAUUUUAACUUGAUGAUAACUGAAGCCUUUUCACACGUGCCGUCAUCAUUUGUAAGAUGUUCUGCAAAGAUUUCAGCGUAAUUAUUUCAUAAAUGAAAAAUAACACCAACCCUUCAAAAUAAAAGACCAUUUUUACUCAAACAACAUGACAAACAUGCUAAACAAUAUCACAUGUUUACAUAGAGAACGGUCUGGAGGGUUUGAGAGCACACAUAGUUAAAUAUAAUCUGUUUAUUACUCUUCAUCCUCAGGAUUUGUUUUUGUAUUUUCCUUUGAGUAUUGAAAUACAGUAUUUGUUUUUUUCUGAAUUACUGUAACUAAAUCAAGUUGUCUUCAUAUCUUUAUUGUAUUUCUGGCAAACUUGUAAUGUACUGUGGCAAAAAAUGCUCUUUGUUUGUGAAAUGUUCCUUUCUGUAGACAGUGAGAGGAAGACGAUGCAAAAGAUGUUUGAUAAGCUAAAUGUCAUGAAACCCUUUUUUCGUUACUGUGAUGAAACAGAAAUCUGCACUUGCAAUUUGGGGAAUGAAAGACAUGCUUUGCUUCAUGUACUGACUUGCUGGAAACAUAGCUAGAGUUGAAACAGUGAUGCAUUUUUAUACUGUGUUCCAAGCUUGUGAUUCUUUUUGUUUUUUUCAGUAUUUUGUGAUUAUGUCCAUGGAUUUCUGAAUAAAAUGUGGUGAAUUCAA